AAAGUUGGGACUCAUCAUUCUCAUCUUAUGAGAAUUGUAGAUAUUUGAGAGUUGGGUGUUGUGUUACUCAGAGAUAUGUUGCUCCACUUCUGGCCCUGGUUGCUACUUAGAAAAUUCAAAUAAGUCUGAGCAUCACAUUUCGAAAGAGAGAGAGAAAGAAAUUAUGGUAAGUGAAAGAUUGUACCGUAUACUUGCAUGAAGGUGCUGCAUCAUACACCUGGAUGCACGAUUGACACGUGUACGGUGGAAGUAGAUAGGACGAUCCUCGCAAUGCGUUACAUUUUUCUGUCGAGUUUUGACCUGGUCUUCGAAAGCCUCUACACCCUUUUCUCGCCACCUGUCCCCCUAUUUUUAGUAUGAAGAAACCACCCCCCUUCUUUUUCAAUUCAAUCCUUUCUUAAGUUUUUUUUUUUAAAUCUACUUGCAGCCCUCCUCUCCUUAAGAUAUUUUUUUUUAGUCCUCCAAACCAUCAUUAGCUUGAUAAAAAUUAGGAAUGUCAUCAUUUAAAAAAAAAAAAUACUAAAAAGUUUAUUAAAAUAAAUUAAUAAUAAUAAUUCUUUUCAUUUUUUAUUCCCGAUUUCAUUUCAAAUUUAUGUACCCAAAAUAUGUACACAUUUAGAAUAUUUUUGAAAACAAUUCUAAAAAAAAUUUGAUAUUUAAAAAAAUAAACAUCUGUUUUAAACCAUAAAAAUGUUUCUAAUCUUUUUUUAUAUUUUAAAAAAUAUAUAUUUUAAAAAAUAUAUAUUUUAAAUUACUUUGAUGGUGCUUUAUUUUUAAUUAUUUUUUAUUUUAUACCAUUAUUUUUUAAAUUAAUCCCAGGGAUAAAAUAUCAUAUUUUCAAAAUAAGCUAUCAAAUGUGUUUUCUUAAAAAAAUAGUUUUUGGUUUUUAAGAAAUAAAAAUUAUUUUUAAAAAACACUGCUCAAACGUACUUUCUAGAUUUGACACAGGGAAGAGGAUGAUAUUCAGUUGGGUUAGUACGGUAGACAUGUGAGGAUGAUGAAAAAAGAAAAAGAAAAAAAAGGGGGGUCUAAGUAACAUUUGGCGAUAAAUGAAGGGUCUGAAAAAAAUUAAGCAAAAAUUGGAAGAAGGCAGUGGAAGAAAGAUGAAUUUCUAUUUUGGGUGCUUUCGUUUCCAAUGCCAACAAACCAAAAUCAAACUGAAAACAAAAACAAAAAGAAAAAAAGAAAAAAAAAGAGCACACAACAGAAUCCCCCACUCGCUCGUUUUCUCGUUUCGUCAUUUUCUCCUUUUAAGCUCCUCUCUUUCAUGCCAUUUCCUCCAUCCUCCUCCUCCUCCUCCUCCUCCUCCUUCCUCUUCCUCUUCCUCUUCCUCUUUCAGGUUAUCCUUGAUAAUUUGUAAAAUUCGAAAUGGUGCAAUGAAUCUUGAGAUCGCUGGGCUUCAUUGGCGUUGGAAAAUAGGCCUUUUGCUUGAUUAAUUUUAUAUAUAUUUAAAAAAUUCAACCUUUGUUGUUGUUUACUUUUGUCAGUCAGAUAGAAGAAAAAAUUAAGUAAUAAUAUGGGAUAUAUUAGUUCGGUUUUGUCAUCCUCAAGUCAAGUUCACGUUGAUGAUGGGCCUGUUAGCGGUGGCGGUCUCAGUCAUAAUGGGAAGUUCAGCUACGGAUAUGCUAGUUCUCCCGGGAAAAGGUCUUCAAUGGAAGAUUUUUAUGAGACAAGAAUUGAUGGUGUUGAAGGAGAGAUAGUUGGCCUUUUUGGAGUCUUUGAUGGUCAUGGAGGUGCUCGAGCAGCUGAAUAUGUUAAACAAAACCUUUUUAGUAAUUUGAUCAGGCAUCCAAAGUUCAUUUCUGAUACAAAAUCAGCUAUAGCUGAUGCAUACAAGCACACAGACUCAGAAUUUCUGAAAUCAGAAAAUAAUCAGAAUAGAGAUGCUGGAUCAACUGCCUCCACCGCUAUCCUUGUUGGUGACCGUUUGCUGGUUGCAAAUGUUGGGGACUCCAGAGCUGUUAUCUGCAGGGGUGGUAAUGCCAUUGCUGUUUCUCGAGAUCACAAGCCAGACCAAACUGAUGAGCGGCAGCGUAUUGAGGAUGCUGGAGGGUUUGUGAUGUGGGCUGGAACUUGGAGGGUUGGGGGUGUUCUUGCUGUUUCUCGUGCAUUUGGUGAUAGACUCUUGAAGCAGUAUGUUGUUGCUGAUCCAGAAAUCCAGGAGGAAAAGAUUGACAGCUCCCUCGAGUUUCUUAUCCUUGCCAGUGAUGGACUGUGGGAUGUUGUCACAAAUGAGGAGGCUGUCGCAAUGAUCAAACCAAUCCCAGACCCAGAGGAGGCAGCAAAGAGGCUGAUGCAGGAAGCAUAUCAGAGAGGCAGUGCAGAUAACAUUACCUGUGUUGUUGUGCGUUUCUUGGCCAACCAAGGGGGUUCGUCCCUUUCCAGCCCCGCAUAAGCUUAUCUUUGUCUGGUAGUUCCAGUUGCGUUCCAGGGUUUGGUUCCCUACCUGAUGAAAAUGGGGAAGAAUAAACUCAAAUAGUUAGUUGUAGGAAGGUGGUGUUAGUUGUACUGUAUAAGUAUAGUAACAUAAAGGAACUCGUGAGGCUGCUAAUGCGCAUUACAUGUUUUCAGCCUCUAGAAUAGAACUGUGUAUGAGUUUAGCUUCUGUACUUGGAUGUUGAAUGUAGCUAGAAACCCGCACGUGUGUGUAUCUGUAAAGAGUUAAUACUAUGUUUCCCUUCUCAGCAGUAACCAUAUGGACUUGGCUUGCUGUGUGGAGCCAUGCCCAUGGAAAUUAUAGUUACCACCAAAGAGGCCCAGCUUUAUCUUGAAGGGAUUCAAGGAUGAAAAUACCAGGCAACAACUGGGCACCUUGGGGCCGGACCUUGACACCACUAGGAUACAGACUUGUUUCAAUUGCUUAUCCAGUAGGCGCACUAGUGGUGGUGGAGGUGGAUCUUUUGGAAAUUGGAAGAGUUGCGCAAGUAAAAGUCGUUGGUUCCAUUUCUAUGAUGAUUUGAUGUAAUUAGUAAUUACUAUGAAUGAAGUUUUAAUUGUUUCUAGGGCA